GUUUGUACAGUAGAAACGCACCGUGCCUUGUUGCUGCUGCAGCUCCUGGUCCACUGAUCGAGUGCUCCCUGCCCCACAGCCUGUAUCUGAUCGUCAUACAGAGGUUUCCCCCCCUGCUGCAUGCGUAACAUCUCUCCAAGUCCAGCCGUGGUGCUCACCAAGACCUCACCGCUUGGAUCUCAUCUUCCUACACGGAAUACGCACGACUCACACUGAGCGAGCCGCUGAGGCGAAAUUAAAACGCCAGGAUUUACCUCCUCGGGUUCAGUCCAGACCGAAUCGAGGCUGGGAUUUCCUCUUAUCAUUUGAUAUUUGACAGAUCCUCUUUUUGUGUGUGUGUGCGUGCGUGUGUGUGUUGGGUGGAGUCAACCCGGAAUUCUCCAAAUUGGAAAACCAUUGGCACAUUUCAGGAGCAUCAUGAAGGACGGUAUCGCCAACAACAGCACGGCCAGCAUCUCCCAAGCCAGGAAAGCUGUGGAGCAGCUGAAGAUGGAGGCCUGCAUGGACAGGAUAAAGGUCUCCAAAGCAGCUGCAGACCUGAUGGCGUACUGCGACGCCCACAUACGCGAGGACCCCCUCAUCAUGCCCGUCCCCGCCUCCGAGAACCCUUUCCGGGAGAAGAAGUUCUUCUGCACCAUCCUCUGAUGACCUGCGGGUAGAGCUGUACGGGUGCAGGCAUGGCGUUGCCUGUCUUCUCUGUCUUCACCACACCUGAAGCUACUGGCCAUAGGCGUUGAGUUGAGUUUUGCCAGGUGGACACUCUGUUGUUGGUCAGCUCUGUCCUGGUGGCUGAAGGUUUUGGGGGAGUCAGCUACCAAACUGGCAACCCAGUGAGCGUAUCAUGUCUUGUUAAAUAGGUUUGUUAUUGCUUUGUUAUUAGAGAACAGCCUUGCUCAGUGCUUAAUGAGAUGAGAGAUGUUUUUUUCUUUUAUUGUGCUAGAUCUUAACAUGCCUCAGGAAACAGAAAUUUGCCCAGUGUCUACAACUUUUUUAAACAUUUAUUUCCCUUCCCUUUAUCUGAAUAAAAAAAAGCAUUAAUCUUUGUAUUAUCUUGAGCAUAAUUUGAGUUAGUUUUUUAUCGCUUUCAGUGCACAGGUUUGACUAUUUGUAGCAACACUUACUGAAAGCACUACUGAAAUUUGACACUUCCCUCACUAGUGGUUUCUCUUGCAAUUUGCCUCCAGAGUCACAAACAAUUAACCCGCUCGUUUUAGCGCUGCAGUACAGUCAGAUCCAGAUUAGAGCCCAGAAACAGAAACCUUAUCUCGCAUAGUGAAUUAUUUCAGCUUGUGCCAACUGCUCUGGUAAUAAGAAGGAGGUGGCUGCACAUCAGUUCUGCCGCAAAUAAAUAAAUAGACUCUCUAUUUAUUGAAAAGUGCCGAGCUAAUGUUUCAACAGCGAGAUGAGUUCUUCAGGGUUAUCACUGUGCAAACAACCCUUAGGUCAAAAAUUAUUUAUGAAUCUGCCACCUCCUUCCCUGGCCCGCUCUAAUGCAUUCUACCUUUGCUGCACUGUUUGAUUUACUCUCCGUAUAUUUCAUCCACUUCAAAUCGGAGACACUAUCGGUUUAAUCCUGCAGCCCUCGACUGGAAUAUUUUUACAAGUUGCAGGACAUUUUUUCCUCUUAUUUCCUUAACGGUCUCAUUUGUUUUCUGGGCAUGUUUCCUGAGCCUGAUUCCUUUUGCCUGUCCUAGAGUGAAUGGCAAGGCCUUUGACAUUAAUGCCAAACCAGAGGCCUGCAUGUUUCUCCGCUCCUUUUUGACAGCCCCCCUCUGUUUCCGAGGGACUGUCAGUCUUUUAGAGUGUACAGUAUGUUACAGUGCCAAUUUCUGUGAGAGCAGUGUGAUCUUCACACCGUGCUCCCACAGCCUUUUUUUUUCUUCUUCUCCGUUUUGUUUGUUUUUGGAAGAAAAAGCACACUGUCGAAACAUUUCCUUUACAUGGUAGUUGAAUAGCAUUUGCUAAUUUUUACGAUGAAUUGUUAUGAUCGUUAUUAAUAUUGUUAUUAUCAGUAGUAUUAUUGAAUAUUUGUUGCACAGCACUGACAGCUACAUGACGUGUAGUGCUACUAAGCUUGUAUGAUACUUAGGAGUAAAAAAAAAAAAAAAAAAACAUUUAUAAAUCAUGCAAUUAUUGAUACUAUCUGAGUAUUUUUUAAAAAUAAUGGAAAGGGUCGGUUUACAUAAUAUGAUCCCUUCGGUGGUUCAGGCUUUUUGCAUCAUUGUUUCUGUAAAAUCUAAAGAAAUUUCCUCUUGGUACUUGAACAGCCAUCGCAUUAAGAAUCAAACUGAUACUGGACUGUCACAAACUAUUGGACUCAAAUUGUUUUCAGGAUAAUUACUGUCUUUAUUUCCGAAAUAAGAAACCUGAGUCUGACCUCAGGGCGCUCCCUCUGACCUCAUCUUAAGGAUGGUGCCAAAUCUGAAACAAGAAAUAUAACGGCUAGAGAUGAAUAUUGCAUGGAUUUAUUUCUAUCUAUAACAGAGAGAACUAUUAUGAUAUGAAAUAUUGCCUCUUCGUUGACUUUCUGGGUGCUACUCUGCACAUAAUAAUCUCAUUGGAGUCUGGAUAUGUCGACAAUGUGCAGCUGUAUUCAUGAAUGGUAUUAUCGUUUUGGUAAAAAAUAGCAUUUAAAUAGCAGGCUUUGUAAAUCCUUUGACGGAUCAAAUGAAUUAAAGGAAAACGGCAAUCCCAA